AUGUCUCGCGUAACCUCAAAGAUGUGCGGCGGCAUGGCCCGCGCCAAUGUUGUGGAUCAUGGAGUGUACGUAAAGCCAAUCACACACAAUCCUUAUGUUGCGACUGUCCAUGAUGGUGUUAGCACUGGCUAUCUUGAGGGAUUCUCACCAAAGCCGCUGCAUUGGCUUUACCGCUUCCGCUACAAUCUUUUGCCGCAGGGAUUUGCUACGGGAUUCUUCUCCCGUAACCCUUAUGGACGCUAUGUGCACUGGCUAGAGGUGAGUACGAUUGAAAAGAUGCGUCUGCAAGCCAAUACUAUGGAGGCUUUACCUGCACGUGCACUUACCACUAUUGUCGUUCUCUACACAAUAUGGUUCUCGUACCGUCUUGCUUUUCUGCAUCCUGAUAUUACACUCUACAACGUUGGUCUGUGGACAACAAAGCCAUGGAUUGCUGCACAGCGCUUCAACAAGAAGCAGGAGUUGGAUCAGCCAGUCUACCGCUGGGUACACCGUGCACCGGAGUACUACAUCACAGAUCCCGUCCGUGAGCUCACGAAGCUUGGCGUUGCGGCUAACGACCCGUGGGUGGAGUAUGUUAAGUCUAUUGGCCGUGGGGAUGAACUUCUCAUCUCAACACGCGACAAGGACUACGGUGUGGGUGGUAAGGGUAAGUUGUUGCCUCUUGAAAUUCCGCAUGAGGAGAAGAGCGGUCACAGCCCUGGACCCCUGCCUACCCUCCGUUAG